AGAAACAGUCGCCGGACGUCUUGUUGGAAGCGGCCUGAAGCGGCUUCUUGUUGCCACGUCGGAACAGUUUGUAGAAGCUGGUUUAUUCAUUCACAACAAAUAAGGAAUAUUUAUCAGUAUAGUUGUGUGCUUCAGCCGCAGUCAUGGUUUCUGUGAUCAACACGGUGGACACGUCUCACGAGGACAUGAUCCACGAUGCUCAGAUGGAUUACUACGGGACUCGACUCGCCACCUGCUCCUCCGAUCGCACCGUCAAGAUCUUCGACGUCAGAAACGGAGGACAGAUCCUGGUCGCCGACCUCAGAGGCCACGAGGGUCCCGUGUGGCAGGUGGCGUGGGCUCACCCGAUGUUCGGCAACGUUCUGGCUUCCUGCUCCUACGACCGUAAAGUCAUCGUCUGGAAGGAGGAGAACGGGUCCUGGGACAAGAUGUAUGAAUACUGUGGACACGAGUCCUCCGUGAACUCGGUCUGCUGGGGUCCGUAUGACUUCGGUCUGAUUCUGGCCUGCGGCAGCUCAGACGGCGCGAUUUCUCUCCUCACAUUUACCGGAGAUCAGCAGUGGGACGUGAAGAAGAUCAGCAACGCCCACACGAUCGGCUGUAACGCGGUGAGUUGGGCUCCGGCGGUCGUUCCCGGGAGUCUCAUCGAUCAGCCGUCAGGUCAGAAACCAAACUGUGUGAAACGCUUCGUCUCCGGAGGCUGUGACAACCUGGUAAAGCUGUGGAAAGAGGAGGACGGUCAGUGGAAGGAGGACCAGAAGCUGGAGGCUCACAGUGAUUGGGUGAGAGACGUCGGCUGGGCUCCGUCCAUCGGUCUCCCCACCAGCACCAUCGCCAGCUGCUCUCAGGACGGACGUGUGUUCAUCUGGACGUGUGACGACCCGGCGGGAAACACCUGGACGGCCAAACUGCUCCACAAGUUCAACGACGUGGUUUGGCACGUCAGCUGGUCCAUCACCGGGAACAUCCUCGCUGUGUCUGGAGGAGACAACAAGGUCACGCUGUGGAAGGAGUCCAUGGACGGUCAGUGGGCGUGUAUCAGUGACGUCAGCAAAGGACAAGGAGCCGUGUCCACCAUCACAGACACACAGCAGAACGAGCAGUGACACACACACACACACACACACACACACACA